GCAAGAAUCAGACCGCCUUGAUGCAGGUGAUAAUUACGCUAUAGGCGAUACAGAAUCAGAAGAGUCUGACUUCGAACCAAAGACAAGCAACAGUUCAAAACCUCAAAUACAGGCUUCUUCAUCAUCUCAAACAAUAGAAAUGGAUUCAAUUUUAGCUGAAAUUGAUGCAAUGGAAUGGGAAAAAAAUAAUUAUACCCGAUAUAUGUUAACCAAAUAUGGUUUAAACUAUAUCAAUAAUUUAAAAACACCAGAAGCUUGGUUACAAUUUGCGAAGUAUCAUCCACCCAAAUAUAUACGUGAACGUUUAUUAAUUCCUGGAUAUGAAAUUAAUAGUAAGAAUCAUUGGGAAAACUUCGUAUUCCAUAUCAAAACUAAUUUGACCAGCCAUAAGCAAAUAGAUAAUGAUCUUAAAUAUAGAGAUUUUAAAGUUCAACUAGCAUUGUAUAAAGAAAAUCGAGCAUCAUUAAUUAUUCAGCAGACAUAUCGUUUAUGGAAAAAACAAAUAAAUUCAGCUAAAAUAAUCCAGCAUGCAGUAAUUAAAUGGCUCUAUCGACCUGAUGGAAUAUUUGCAAAACGUGCUCAAGAUCGGUAUUAUUGCGAAGCAAUGACCCAAAGGGUCUAG